AUGUCCGGACCCCUAGAUCGUUUCGCAAAGCCUUGUUUUGAGGGGUUUUCCGGCAGUGAUGAGAAGAGAGAACGGAGAUCUGAUUUUGAGAACUCUGAAGAUGAAAGGAGGACCAGAAUUGGAUCUCUGAAAAAGAAAGCCAUUAAUGCUUCCACUAAGUUUAAGCAUUCUCUUAGGAAGAAGAGUGGGAGGAGAAAGAGUGAUGGUCGUGUUAGCUCCGUUUCGAUUGAGGAUAUUCGGGAUGUCGAGGAGCUUCAAGCUGUGGAUGGUUUUCGGCAGUCGUUGAUCAUGGAUGAGUUGCUUCCUGAUGCUUUUGAUGAUUAUCAUAUGAUGUUAAGAUUUUUGAAAGCAAGGAAAUUUGAUAUUGAAAAAGCCAAGCAUAUGUGGGCUGACAUGCUACAAUGGAGGAAAGAGUUUGGUGCUGACACCAUUAUGCAGGAUUUUGAGUUCAAAGAGUUAAAUGAAGUUGUGAAAUAUUACCCACAUGGCCAUCAUGGUGUAGAUAGGGAGGGAAGGCCUGUAUAUAUCGAAAGGCUUGGAAAAGUUGAUCCGAACAAGCUUAUGCAAGUUACAACUAUGGAUAGAUAUGUAAAGUACCAUGUGCAAGAGUUUGAGAAAUCUUUUGCAAUAAAAUUUCCUGCUUGCACUAUUGCUGCCAAAAGGCACAUAGAUUCAAGCACUACAAUCUUAGAUGUUCAAGGAGUGGGCCUUAAGAAUUUUACGAAGUCAGCCCGGGAUCUUGUCAUGCGAUUGCAGAAGGUCGACGGUGACAAUUACCCUGAGACACUCUGCCAAAUGUUCAUAAUAAAUGCCGGCCCUGGAUUUAGAUUGUUGUGGAGCACUGUCAAAUCUUUUCUUGAUCCCAAAACAACUUCAAAGAUCCAUGUUCUUGGAAACAAAUAUCAAAGCAAACUACUAGAAGUAAUUGAUGCCAGUGAGUUGCCAGAAUUUCUAGGAGGUACCUGCUCAUGUGCAGAUGAGGGAGGCUGCCUUAGAUCUGAUAAAGGGCCAUGGAAAAAUCCUGAAAUAUUGAAGAUGGUUCUCAAUGGUGAACCACGGCGGGCAAGGCAAGUAGUAAAGGUUCUCAACAGUGAUGGGAAGGUUAUUGCAUAUGCAAAGCCUCGAUACCCAAUGGUAAAAGGCAGCGAUACAUCUACUGCUGAAUCAGGGUCAGAAGCUGAAGAUAUAGCUUCUCCAAAAGCAAGGAAGAGCUAUUCACACCUUAGACUGACCCCUGUUCGUGAGGAAGCUAAGGUGGUAGGAAAGACAAGCUUUGCUAAUAACUUGUCCGGGUAUGAUGAAUACGUUCCAAUGGUAGACAAACCUGUUGAUGCUGAAUGGAAGAGGCAAGUAUCUCUACAGAGGACUCACACCUUAAAAGGAACACGUCCUCUUCCUGCCUUACAGAAUACUCCAGAAGGAGUUACAGCUCGGAUUUGGGUAGCACUGACUGCCUUUUUCUUGAUGGUAUUUGCUCUUUUCCGUCAAUUUGCUUGCCGCAUGACCAACAAACUUCCUGGAAUAUCAUCUAAUGAAGAUCAGAGAACUUCAGAACCAACUCGCGAGACAAGAAACAUGGAAGUUCUUUCUCCAUCAACCCAAGAAAAUACAGAGGAAAUUCUCCUUCCCUCAUUGCUAAAAAGGUUAGGUGAGCUUGAAGAGAAGGUUGACACACUCCAAUCUAAGCCAUCUGAAAUGCCAUAUGAGAAGGAGGAAUUGUUGAAUGCUGCUGUAUGCCGGGUAGAUGCUUUGGAAGCAGAGCUAAUUGCUACUAAAAAGGCUCUCUAUGAAGCGUUAAUGAGGCAAGAAGAGCUGCUUGCUUACAUUGACCGCCAAGAGGAAGCCAAGUUACGGAAAAAGAAGUUUUGCUGGUGA